AGAGAGAGAGAGAGAGAGAGAGAGAGAGAGUGUGAGCGUGCGAUUGAUCGCGUCGAGUCAGUCGGUGAGACAGCACUGAGGGAAGACAGGGAGGACAGACUCGUACCGUCUCCAUCGUCCCGCGGAAAGGCGCCCAGCACAAGUUUGGGGAAUAAUGUCUGCGAACAACGCCACGAGCGACUACACGUGCGUGCGCUUCUACGUGUCCACCGUGUCCUUCUCGGUGCUGCUCCUCUUCAACGUCGUCAUCAACUGGACCAUAGUGCGCGUGGAGCAGCUCCGGAGUCACGCCCGCUUCGUGCUGGUUUUCCACCUGCUGGUGUCCUCGCUGGUCCACCUGGGCACGAGCAGCGUCUUCUACUACCAGCUUCACCGGGGCGCGCGACCGGCGCGCCCCGCGUGCCUCGCCAUGGUCAUCGUGUUGAUCAGCAGCGCAUGCAACAUCCUGCUGACGCUCACGGCGAUGGCCCUGGACCGCUACUGCGCGGUGUGCCACCCGAUGCGCUACACCUCCGCGGCCACCCGCAGGUGCAGCUGGCCCUGGCUGCUGGGCGCGCUCACCUGGCUCGUGGCUCUCGGGAUCCCGCUCGGUCUGCUCCUGCAGCCGGAGCCCGCGGCCGCGGAGAGCGGCUACGACGGGGUGUGCGGCCGGGAGCAGCUGCUGAAGGGCCAGCUGCAGAAGGUGGUGUUCAUCGGCGCGUGCACGCUGCUCAUCCUGUACAGCUACGUGAGGAUACUGAUGGAGGGGCGCCGCUUGGGGGUGGUGAACCGGCGCAACCGGGCCGGGUGCCGGACGAUCGCGCUGCACGGCAGCCAGCUGGCGGUUUACCUCCUGCCCAACUUCGUGAACUUCGUGCUGACGGUGCUGAUCAAACGAGGGCUCAUCGAGGCGGAGACCAAAGAGCUGUCCGCCGUGGUCGUCUUUGCGUUCUUCAGCUUGGCGCAGUGCGUCGCGCCGGUCGUGUACGGGUUGCGUAAAGAGGAGCUGCUGGAGCAGCUGAGUCGCCGGUUCCCCCGCUGCUCCAGGUCCUUGAAGAGCGUCCUCGGCUGGACGGUGCGCGCCAGCUGGCCACGCGCACGACACAUGCCGAGGGAGCGGACACUCACGGUACAGACGACCAUCUACCAGCAGGCCUCGCUAGUCCCAGAGGAGGAAACCUCGGGUCAGGAACUCCUCACGUGACUUGGACUCAGGCCCCCCGCGCUACGGAUGGGUGGGGAACAUCUGGAUGAGUUGAAGCCACCCUAAAAAAAGGUUCGCUCCCGAACCCCCGGGAACCUGCCGUCGCGCUCGUGCUCGCACCUCCAAGCGAGACGCCUCGGUCCCUGUGGUCAGUGGCGGCGGAUGCAAAAAAAGGUCUCUCCGUCGUUUACUGGAUGGAAAAUGACUGGGACGGAGGGUCUAGUAUCGCUCCCACGUGUUCUCAGCCCGGCGGAUUCAAGUGAAGUCGGGAGCACGGGGGCCACGUGAUUUUUUUCCCCGCAGCGUCUUUGUCCAAACGGAGAAUCGAUGCCACACUCGGAUGUCUGUGCGUGGGGACGUUCGGAGGAUCAGUAAAGCGCGGAAUCCAAAGGGUACCCUCAAAAAACUGGAUCUAUGUCUCGAAUGAGGACAUAUUGGUCAUCGAGUACAUUUGUUUUGUUCACCAUUAAAAAAAAGGCACUUUAAAUGCAUGGGACCAAAUUAUUAAAAAGAACAAGAAAGGAACAAAUCCUUAAUGUUUGUCCAAUUAUUUGGAGCUAGUAGAGACAAAUAUACAAUGACAACUUUCUCUCCUCCGGUAUUGAACAUCUGCUGCUCUAAAUAACGAUGUGAUGCUAAAUAAUGCAGUAAUGUAUUAAUGGUCCAGCUCCAUUUCUCAGCGUUGAACCAAAACUAAGCUCGUCUUAAAAGGGGGGGGGAAAAGCCCAACAUCUUUAUGUGUCAACCGCAAGGGCUCGAGAGGCACCGGCACAAACUUCCUGUUUUCAUUUCAGCAGCACAGAAGCGCUCUGAUGGGAAAGUGCUCGAACCCGGCCAGGCUCAGGGG